UGGAAGCAAGAGGUGACCUCCACCCUCAGGCCACGGAAACCAUGAAGAAAGCAUGAGAGAUCUGAUUGUCUGUUUGCCACGGACAUGGCUGGAGAAGUCCAAGACUUAGCUGCCUUUGGGGCCUCAGGGCGGGUGUACGUGGUGGGGAAUGAACCUCUCACAGUGUUGUUGGAUUCCCUGAUUCCAGUCCUGAGAAUGCUGUUUUCUCUCUACUGUUUUACCAAGCAGAGUGUGUCUCACCUAAGGUCAUUUUGCCAAGAGAUCUUAUUAUGGAUCCUGGGGAAGCUGGAAAGGAAGAAGGCAAUUGCCAGCCUGGAAGGAUUCGCAGGAUUGGACAAAACUGUGCCCUCUCUCCAUCCUCAGUGCCAGUUCAGAGCUGCUACCCAAGGUGGCAUUAUGAUUGCCAUCAAAGAAGCCACUAAUGUUGAGGAUGAGGAUGAAGCCCUGUACCAGAAGGUGUCCUUGGAACAGAGUCAAGUGGAGCAUCUUGGAGACCUGCUAUCCCAUUGCCAGGAGUGUGGUUGGCAGGAGACUUCUUCAUCUUUUGAGUUGAUUCAUCUGGCUGUGGAAAAUGAAGCAGACUUAAAACCUAAGCCCUUCUCCAGCACAAGCCUCUUGGAAUUAGAGCAACACCAAGCUCUUCUUGUGGAAGGCCAAGAGCAAAAGCUGCUGGUCUUGCAGUUGCUGGCUGUUCUGUGCGAGAGAAUGUCUGAGCAGAUUUUCACAAACAUCACCCAG